UGACCCAUAUGACGUAACCAAGAAGUCGGACGAGAAGUAGACGAAACUGAGAAAAAGAGGAACAGUUCCUUUUCAAAUUACUGCGUUUUUAACACGAUUUCUUACCAGUUUUGUCCGACCAGGAGGUAGUUAAGGAUUUGUUUUAAGGAAGGAGGCGAGGAUUUGGUCAGAAUGCAGGCGAAAGAAGGGAUGAAACGUGGCGAAUUUCGCUGCUGUUGCGGGUGCUUGCAUGUCCGGGCAGGGGCCAUCAUGAUCGGCCUCCUACACCUGGUGUGUCACCUGCUGGGGAUGCUGGUGCUGGCCUACCUGAUCACCCAUCCGGAGGCCAUGCCAAAGGGAGACACCUGGUACAGCCUCAACUACAACGGCAACGAAACUGCACGGGGCAGCGAUAACUGUGUGGCCCUGGCCAUCACUUUCUUCACCUUUACCAUGACUCUGCUCAUGCUGUAUGGUGCUAUAAAGCACCGUGCAGGUUACCUGCUGCCGUUCUUCUGUAUCCAAGUGUUUGACUUCACCGUCGGCUGCCUCACAGCCAUAGGCUUCGUCUCCUACAUGCCCAACAUCAGGACCUUCAUGGAACAAAACCCCAACUUGCCGUACCGUGAAGAACUGAUGAAGAUGGACCCCCAGUACCUGCUGCUGAUCUGCAUGGCUAUCUUCUUCCUGGUCAUGAUCAUCAAGGUAAGGCUUUUACAGGAAAAAAUUACCUCGUGCCUUUUACAUGUAGCAAUCCUUCACUACACAGUAGAGAUGGGCAGCGACAAGGAAAAGAACACGUUUAAGGAAAAAGGCGGAUUCAAACUCUUCGAGAUGAACGCGAGAUUGUUAAGGGGUUCCGACGAUGUGGGGGAAGCGCGACGGUUGCUCUUCAUCGCCGAACUGCUCAAGGUUGAAAUAAAAAACCAGGGCAUCCCUCGGAGUACUUCAAGUUUCUUCCCAAACCAAAGAGACUGA